AUGAAGUCACCCAGCAAGCUGCCCGCAGCGCCAAGUCAAAAUCAGAUCCCCAUUUCGUUUCCACGAAAGCCAGUCUCGGUCAUCAAACUUCCGCACCUUGAGUCUGCUUUAAAAAAAGUGGCUGCGGCGAGAAGCAAGUUCUACUCACAGAAGAUCGCAGUCUUAGUCCGCUGGGACGACGACAACACCGGGGCUGAAGACGACCUGAACACGAUGGAGUCGAUAUUGAAACUCGUGGGCGUCAAGUGUGUCAGGUUUUCAAUCGAGAGCAGCGCACAGCUACCCGUCUGGGGUGUUACAGAAAAGGUCAGAAAAACUAUCCGCCCAUGCGCCAAUUCCUCCUUGCCCUCGCUCUUUAUUUUUUAUUACUCUGGACACAGUGCUGUUAAAGACGGUAUGCUGCGAUUCACCUCAAACGGGAAAGAAAUUCGGUGGAGUCAUAUCUUUUCAGAACUUCACCAGGCAGAGCUCAUGGAUCAUUUUGUCAUUCUUGACUGCUGUCACGCGGCAGCCGCGAUUCGAGAGCCCGAAGCCAAGUCCAACAUCCACAUUAUCGCGGCGAUUGGAGAGCAGGAGAUUACCCCCGCACGUGCGGCCACAAAAUCAUUCACCCAAAGACUGUUCCGGGCUUUCCAAACGCUCAAGAAGAAAGAGAGCUUUAAAACUGCUGAAUGGUUCGAGCAACUCCAAAUCGAAAAACCAAAGUUUGCUCCAAAUGCCAUUUUUGAGACGGUUAGAGGAACCGGACAGAUCAGUCUGAUACUCAACAAUCAAACUCCGUCUCGUCUGCCCCGGCCAAUAUCUGGAGUUAGCAGAAAACACGUGCUGGUGAAGCUCACUCUAGAAGGACAACGAAACGCCGUUGAAAGUUUUUCACGAGCCAUCCGGCAAUUGCCGCCCAACAUGAAGGUUGAGAUUCGUGAUGCUUUUGAGACCGACGCCUCAGUUUUCUUCAUGCUGCAAAUGUCAUGGGAAGGAUGGGUCUUAUGGACACGUGUUGUGCACUUGGAGUUCGUCGGUACCACACUCGGUCCUUCCCUAAUUUCCAGAGCCGCGAUUCCCCCUGUUCUAGCCUCCGAGGAAAAUAUGCCCCUUGAAAACCUUUCUCUGAAGGACGCAUGA